UUAAGUUUGUCCUUUCGUGCGCUCCGUAGAUCUCCGACAUAUUGUUUGUGAGGAGCGAUUUCUUGAAGACCCUGAGGGAGCGAAGAUUAUUUCCUUUAGAUCAUCACAGGGCGUCAAAACUACUUAUCUUGUCAAGUCAGUAAGAUGGAGCCGUCAGCGAGUCCUGCGAAGGAUAACUACAGGAUGAACCGCUACAAGAACAAAGCGCUUAACUUGGAGGAGAUGCGCCGGAGACGAGAAGAGGAAGGCAUUCAGUUGAGGAAACAGAAACGAGAACAGCAGCUGUUUAAGAGGAGAAAUGUGGAGCUGCUGAACGAGGAAGGAGGGAUGUUUGACAGUCCGCUCAUGGACGCUUACGUCAGCUCCAGCACAGCACCAGAAGGAGUCAUAACGAGAGACAUGGUGGAAAUGCUCUUCUCAGACGAUCCUGAACUGUUGCUGGUUACCACUCAGAAAUUCCGAAAACUGCUGUCCAAAGAACCGAACCCGCCCAUCGACGAGGUCAUCAGCACUCCAGGAGUCGUAAACAGAUUCGUAGAGUUCCUUGAAAAAAGCACUGAUUGCACACUGCAGUUCGAAGCAGCAUGGGCACUGACCAACAUCGCCUCUGGAACGUCUCAACAGACGAAAUUUGUGAUCGAGGCAGGCGCCGUGCCGGUGUUCAUCCGGCUGCUCAACUCCGAGUUCGAGGACGUCCAAGAACAGGCGGUGUGGGCAUUAGGGAAUAUUGCAGGAGACAGCGCCAUGUGCAGAGACUUUGUACUGAACUGCAAUAUCCUUCCACCACUGUUAACGCUGCUGACCAAAUCAACUCGUCUCACGAUGACCAGGAACGCUGUGUGGGCGCUGUCCAACCUGUGCAGAGGCAAAAGUCCACCACCAGACUUUGAAAAGGUGUCUCAGUGCCUGCCCGUACUGUCCCGCCUGCUGUUCAGCAGCGACCCGGAUCUGCUGGCCGACGCUUGCUGGGCUCUGUCCUACCUCUCAGACGGACCCAACGAAAAGAUCCAGGCAGUGAUCGACUCGGGAGUCUGCAGGAGACUCGUAGAACUGCUCAUGCACUCCGAUUAUAAAGUGGCUUCUCCGGCUUUGAGAGCCGUCGGGAAUAUCGUCACUGGAGAUGAUAUCCAAACACAGGUGGUACUGAACUGCUCGGCUCUCCCAUGCCUCCUUCACCUGCUUAGUAGUGCAAAGGAAUCUAUUAGGAAGGAAGCCUGCUGGACCAUCUCAAACAUCACAGCAGGAAACCGAGCUCAGAUACAGACGGUCAUCGAUGCAAACAUCUUCCCCGUGCUGAUCGAAAUCCUCCAGAAAGCCGAGUUUCGCACCAGGAAAGAAGCGGCAUGGGCCAUAACUAACGCCACGUCAGGAGGCACGCCCGAGCAAAUCCGGUAUCUAGUGAAUCUGGGCUGCAUCAAGCCCUUGUGUGAUCUGUUGACGGUGAUGGACUCAAAGAUCGUGCAGGUCGCUCUGAACGGACUGGAGAAUAUUCUGAGACUGGGAGAGCAGGAAGCCAAGCAGAACUGCAGCGGCCUCAACCCUUACUGCAGCCUUAUAGAGGAGGCCUAUGGCCUGGACAAGAUCGAGUUCCUUCAGAGCCACGAGAACCAGGAGAUCUACCAGAAGGCCUUCGAUCUCAUCGAGCACUACUUCGGUGUUGAGGAGGAAGACCCCAGUUUGGCUCCGCAAGUGGACGAGAACGAGCAGCAGUACCUUUUCCCUCAGCAGGAGGCCCCCAUGGAGGGCUUCCAGCUCUAAUCCACCUCCCACACUCGGUUAGGCUCCGUACGACGCGUCCAGGUCCUUCCCGUGCCCGUAUCUGUACUGCAGGCUGUUAUCUCAUGUGCCCUCAGCACAGCCACACAAGCAGAUUAAUCUAGACCGCCCGAGAGGAAGCGCGCUGCUUGCUGUUGAACUUUACCACUGUUUUCACUCAUACGAGACUUCAGGAGCUGGGGUUUUAUUUCAUUUUAUUCUGUCUUAAUUUAAGUCAUGCCACUUAUAGAUUGGCUCUGGAUAUAAAUAUAUAUAUAAUUAAUCCCCCCCCCCCCUUUCCUAAAGCUAUCUUACUGGGCACACAUUCCCAACAGCAUCUCCUAACCCUGGUGUUUUCUCCUGCGUGGUUUAUCUUGGUUUUUAACCCCCACAUAUGCAGGCCUUUGAGAAAACCACGUACUUGAGAUGGUUUCAUCGACAUGGCUUUAUAUUAAGACUAAACUAGAUCAUCAUCAAAAGACACACUUUAAGUUACAGAGGCUUCCUUGUGCACUUUAGAUAGCACUCGUUUUCUUUUCUCUCUCUCUCUCUCUCUCUCUCUCUCUCUCUCUCUCCCUCCUUCUGUUUCUAAUCUUUAACGUCCUGGUUUGGAAAGUUAAAGAGUGAAAUUCCUCCUGCAGUGUUUAAAAACAAUAUCCAGGGUCUAGUGGUAUUUGAAAGGCAGAAUAAAUAGUCGUCUACUGUUUUGUGGUGUGCGGUGAUCUGAAUACUUUUUAGAUUUUGCGAAUCCCAAGCGAUUUAUUCCUUAAAGAAGAAGAGUGCAUAGGUUAGGACCAGGGUUUCAUAAGGCUUUAGCACAAAUCAUUAAGCGUUUGUGUGUGUGUGUGUGUGUGUGUGUUUGGGUUACGCACACCGCCGUUCUGCUUUCCCUUGAAUUUUGGGGUUUGAUUUUCUUUAGUUUUGUUUUGUUGUCGCUCUGUCACUGCAGCCUGGUGUAAGUAUGUGGUGCAGAGUUGCAUGGUUUUUAUUCUAUCACCACUUUCAGUUUUAUCCCUUGCCAUGGUUUUUCAAUCCUGUUGAACAUUUUCACAAUCGCAUUCUAUCUAACGCUCUCCUUGCUUGCUUUCUUUUCUUUUUUUGGGCCAUUAUCUUUAAAAGUGUUGGUUUAAUUAGUUAUUUAGACAGUUUGGCAAGGGAUAUUUAAAUUUGUUAACAAAAUAUACAUAGAUAUAUAUAUAUAUAUACACACACACACACACACACACAUCAAUAUGACAUAGCACACACACCUCUUGCACACAAAACAACACGAAGGAGAAAACGGCUUCUAGAUCUUUCUCCACAGCUUUUCUGAAUUCACUGCUCAUUUUCAUUCAUUUUAAAUAUUUAGACCAAAAGCCCUGUCGGGUUUCCACGGGGGAAAAAAAUAAAAAAUAAAUAAGGAAGAAGAUAAGAAGCACUUUUCUCCUCCGUGUACACUACACAGACUCGUGUAUGCGUGCAUUACUGAGCGAUGGAUAUCGAGAACGGCGAGCGAGACAGCGACUGACGGAUGUUCUGCGAAACGGCGGGAAGAGCUUUUUCUGAUAGCUUUCGUCCCUUAAGACAUUAGCGGUGAGACGUUCUAGUUGAUAUAGUUUACACGCGUGUGUUUGCUAUAAGUAUACAGACCUAUAUAACGUUUGUGUCGUCCACAUUUCGGUGUAAUGCAUGAUCGGCGUUCCGGGACGAAGUGCUAGCGGCCGGGACUAUUUUUUAUUUUUAUUUUUUUUCAGCUGAAUAUGAAUAAAAUGUGCCGUCAUUCACCAGAGGUUUUUUUUUUUUUUUUUACCUCUUUCUGAUUUAUAGAAAUUAACUGGAAAGUUAGGUAAAGAUAGAUUUUUGACCUCUCAUGCCAUUUUCUUUUCUGACGCUCUGGUGAACGACCGCACUCCAUAAAGGCAAAAAAAUCGAGGUUGAUGUCCGAGCAUGAGCACCAUUUCUGGCAGGAAAAGUGGAUUAUAAACGGAAGGAAACGAAAGCUUUUGAGCCGUAGUUAGUGUUGCGUGGUGAAAUCUUUGCUCGUGGUGUCUGUUCUCCUUUUAGUGGUUCGGCUCUACUCGUGCAGGGUUUUGUGGCAUUUUCUUGUGCGUAGUGCAUGAAAAUGUUAGCCGUUUCCCGUAGCUUGGCGUUUGUUUCAAAAUAAUAAUAAUAAAAAAAACCACAGUUUUUUAUACAAUAGUUUACAGCUUGACGUUUCUCUACUCAUCUUCACAACAACUAAAAGGAAAAAUCCACCCUGAAUGAAUUUGUUAUUGGAUUCUCAGUGCCAUCUAGUGAGUUUACACUUCUGUCUGGUUUCACUGGAUUUGUGGUGAUGGAGGAGCAGCAGGAGUUGAGUCUCUACGUGAUGCAGCGGCGCUUUCGUAUUUUAGUCUCUCAGUUCGCCAUCUCUACAUCAGAUCAGCUUCCUGAUGCCUUCAUGUCACCAUCGUCUCUUCGAUCGCGGACUAAGCUGAGCCGUAACUCUGCAUCAUGUCCUUACCUGCGUUGUGUCCACUGUUUGCUCUGUUAGAUUUCUCAUGUUUAAGGUCACUGGAAGAUAAUGAGCGAGCAAAUUCAGAGUAUAGAGAGCUCGGUACAUUUACUGGCUAAUUAUAGAUCAAAUUCGUUUGUGUAUCUCCUCCAAUGUUUAUUUUCUAUCUAUCUUGUUCAUUCAGUUACAUACAAAUCAGUUCAGUGUUUUGUUUUGUUUUUUUCCCCCCAGCUAUCCAUGACUCCUUGUGAGCUCAGCAAGAUCCAAACCCACAACAUCUCCCAGGAAUGAACCAAAUACCGUAUCCAGUAACUAACCUAACUAACUAACACCAGUAUCCCUUGAUCACUCAUCAGAUAUCUCCAUAGUGUUUCAGGGUGGACUUUUCCUUUCUAAACUCGUUCCUUUUUUGAGUCGUUUUUUAAUCAAACAGUGGUUUCAGCUGUUGCUUUGACAAACAGCACAAUUUAUCAACGGAGAUGAAGUAAGAUUUAUUCCCCCCCCACCCACCCAAAACGCCGAUCAAGCUCGGGGGGUAACGGCUGUAGCGUGGGGAGAAACUGGAGAUUAUCUUUCCACUUUUGCGCUUGGAGUUUCUUGUUUUAAGGGAGAAAAUAUAACGCUUGACCUGAUUACGUUGCACUUAAAAGGGAUCCUGUAGCUAGGUGUACACGUGUAGGUAAAGAGGAAAAAAGAUUGAAUCGUGUAUGUGACUUUACUCCGUCUGCAAAAGGAUGGGGGUGGGGCUAAGCAGUGGAUCGUGACAGAAAUAAACAAAUUGAUUUGCGACAGAAAAAAAAAACCAAUGCAAAAUGCACUCCUUUUCACUAAAGUGCCAAUCAGACCAACGAAGACUGGUGGCUGAUGAUGUAUAUCGAUUCGUCUGAUAAAAAUUUAUUAUUAUAAUUUUUUUGUUUUUUUCCUUUCUUCAUUUCUUUAUUUACUUGAAUGUGCACAUUAGUGCAGAUGUUGCUGCUCUUGUUCUUUUUCAUAUCUUUAUAGUGUUCACAUUUAAGAGGUUACAUUAUCUCGAGUAGGUUCUGUAGACAUGUGACCGUCUGCUGUUUGUACACCAAAUUGGUAAACAGAAGAAAAAAAAAAAAAUAGAAAUUUAAAUGCUAAUUUAAUUUAAAUUAUGCUGGACUAAUUUACAUUUUUAUUCAUCAUGGUUUGUUUAUCCCCCCCCCCCAUUUAUUUUUCACUUCAAUAUAAUAUUAAAAAAAAAAAUGAAGUACACUUUCGUACUGAGAUCCGAAUAUCAUAGGAGAUUUUUCUUUUCUUUUCUUUUUCUUUUCUUUUUAUUUCCUGCAGCGCUGUGUUGAUGCCGCUUGCAUUUCUACAGUUUCGAAAUCAAAUCCUGCAGCACAUGUGUAAGCAAUCAGGUCUUCUCAAUCGCUGGAAAAAAAGAAAAACCCCUUCAGAUUCGAACAGGUUUCAUUUUUCAGGGAAAGGAAAACGCAGGUGGAGCAAAAUCGCCUGCAGAAAUCGCUCCGAAAUCCGCCACAUGCAGGGAAUCUAGCAAGCUUCGGUUCAGGCUGAAGCACGUCCUUUUAGAGAGAUUAUCAGAUCAGGGCUUCAGAAAAAAAAUAAAUGCAAGUUGCAUUUCAAUCAGAAAAUUCUGCAGACCUGUUGUGGACACGUUGUUGUUGUUGUUUGUUGUUGUUGUUGGCACAAUUUCCUGAUGCUCUCCCUGAUUAAACACUGACUUCCAAGAAGUGCAAAAAUUGCUAAAGGCCACAUUAUGUACAGUCGAGGCUUUCUGGUCUUCCGUCCUAGAUCUUGUAGAUGAUUAUAUCUUCGAGACUUUUUGUCUCCUCCAAAUCCGAAGCCUAACGCUCGGCUCUAUCAUCAAGUAUAUAUAUAAAAAUAAUAAUAAUAAAAAAUAUAUAUAUAUAUAUAUAUAUAUAAAAAUAAAUAAAAAAAAAACAAUGAAAAGGCAAACUCGUAUGUUUACAAUGCUACAUGUUUAUUUCUAUUAAAUUGUCAAUCCAUUCAUCUUACCCUGGUGGAGUUUCGUGUCCUGGUCCUGCAAUUUCUUUCUUUUCUUUUCUUUUCUUUUCUUUUUUUUUUUUUUUUUUUUU